UUUCCCACAAGGCAUGGCGGGAUAUUGUGACUUGUUUCCGAUCAGCUUCCACGUUGUUAUAUUUGCCGGUCUUUGAAACUUCAAGCUUUGUAACAGUCCAGUUUCUGGGGCACAAUGGCCAGUAACGGUAUAAAGGCAAUACUGUUUGAUUUGGACAACACACUAAUAGACACAGCUGGUGCCAGCAGAAUAGCGAUUCAAAAAGUAGAGGCACUUCUCAGAACUAAAUUUGGGCAGGACGACAUCCUCAAAAUCUGCAAGGGCUUCGAGCUGAAGCUGCUGCAGGAGACGUACAAUGCCACAGGCGGCGCGUCGAUCGACCAGGUGAGAGCGACGCACUGGGAAGAGGCCAUCCGGGAGGCGGGGGGCGGGGACCCGGGGGGCACCUUGGCGGCCGAGUGCUACUCUCUGUGGAAGAGCACGCGCCUGGAGCGGCUGGCCAUCCCGGGCCCGGUCCGGGCUCUGCUGGAGGACCUGCGCGGGACCCACAAGCUGCUCCUGCUGACCAACGGGGUGACGCAGCCGCAGUGGGAGAAGAUCCGGGCGGUGCGCUGUGAGGAGCUGUUCCACGCCGUGGUGGUGGGGGGGGAGCACGCCGAGGAGAAGCCGGCCCCCUCCAUAUUCCAGCACUGCUUCAGCCUGCUGGGGGUGGGGCCGCGGGACUGCGUGAUGGUGGGCGACUCCCUCGACACCGACGUGCUGGGCGGAGUCAACGCCGGCGUCCGAGCAACCGUGUGGGUGAACCCCAGUGGCACGGACAUACCCGCCGGAGUGUCCGUCAAGCCGGAUUACACCAUCGCCACGGUGCUCGAGUUACCCACAAUACUCUCCACCUUGAAAUGACACCUAUUUUUUAAUAGGAAUCAAAGUGAUAGAGUUCGUGAACCAAAUAAUGGGCAUUUCCAAUUUCUGGUGAUCUGGGGUUUCCAUUUUAUUUGCUCCAGCCUUUACUGUUCAAGUUUGUUUAUUAGCUUUAACUGGACUGGGAUGUUGUGGAAUUUAAGAUUUAAUAUUGCAUAGAAAAACCUGCGCUCAAAUGCGUUACUGGAGGAAGGAUAUUUCAUGCAUAUUUUAAGACUUGGGUCAUAAAUACUUCAUGAGAAACUUGCGAGACUAUUGCCAAUUUUUAGGUGUUUUUGGCACCUGCAGGUGCCUGUUCUAAAGCAGGAAAUAUCCUUCCUCCAUAGGGAAAAUCAAGGUAUCGUCAAUGCAAUUCUGUCAACAUUCACUCUGGAUGUCCUUGAAGGGAAUAUUUAAAAUAUUUUAUUGAUCAUAUAUAAAACUAAUUUACUGAUUAAACAAGGUUAAAUGGGACCUUUCAGUUCCCCCAUGAAAAUGAGACGCAAAUCUCAGUGGUGCUCUAUCCAGGAUAAAUGAGGGAUAAAUAAAAAUUAAUGGUGGGACCAAA